AUGCGAUCCCUCAUUUGCGUGCCCUUCACCCGUCGCCUGCCUCGUCUCAGGAGAGAAAGGGGCACCCCUCGGCUGGGUCGCGGGCAGGUCCUCCACCGGGUCACCCCCACCUCCCUGCGGAGCCGGGGUUCUUGGGCUGGCUGGACCCCCUGGGUUUGCUCAGCACCCUGGCAACAUGGGCCUUUCUCUUCUGUGAUAUUCGCCUUCCCGCUGCAGGUCAGAGCUGUUGAGCACGUCGUUACUCUUACAUUGCGUACCAGUGCUCAGGACUUAAAGCACAGCUGCCUCUUCCGCCUGGGGUCAGGCGGCUGCCAGCCUGGGGCCGGGUUCAGAAUAGCCAAUUUGAUGGAGGAGGUUACCCAGCGGGGGAAAGAAAUAAUUAAAACGGCAUUAUGGCGUCUCCUGCGGGAGGCGGUGACAUUAAAGAUCCACAUUGACAAAAUAGCUGAGGCUGGAACGUUCUGUGCCGCCUUCAUUACACGCGUGGAUCCACGGUGCCAGGGAGGCGGAGGCCCCUCCACCUGCCAUGGGCGCUCGUGGGCCUGGAGGGGUGAUGCCAAUUCCUGGGGGCCUGCAGGGGUGGGGGUGGGGGUGAAGGAGGGGAAGCCGACGUUUGGAAAGAAGCCUGGGGUCUUCAGCCCAGGUGGGCAGCACCACCCCCCCGCCGCCGGCCUGUUUCCACACCCUGAAGGUCAGGGUGAGGGGCAUUGGUUCUUCUGGGGAGGGAGGUGGUGA